AAAGUAUUGGCACCUUUUUUAGUGACUAUUAACAAAAACAUCCCUGUUAGUCCCUGUAAGGUUAAAAAACAGAAUUGGGAAAAUUUAUAACCUGAAAGAGGACCUCCAAAAACAGGAAGUGAUGUGUUAAUGUUUAUCAAUUGUCACAUUGAGUUCAGAAAUCAGCAGCAGUGAAGCAGGUGAACAUGUUUGCUGGAGAAGUAUGUAUGCCAUUGUGCCAAGGGUUUCUAAAGAAAAGAAAAGAUAAAAUAAGGCUGAGAUGGGCUACUUACUGGUUCAAACUUCAUAACGCAACCCUUUUCUUCUACAAUAGAAAACAUGGGAACAUUACAGACCUCAGAGGAAAGUAUUACCUUUCUGAAGUCGAGUCUGUGCGUGAACUAACACACACUAAGAAAAAGCACUAUACUUUUGAGAUCGCACUGAAAAACGGGAAGAGGAAAGUCCUGGCUGCAGAAACAGCAGACCUCAGACAGCAUUGGAUGUGCCAGAUUUUACAAGCAAUGAACCAUAAUGUGUGUAACACCACUGAGCCGAACUCUAACUGGGAGCCUGGAUUAGAUCACGAGUGCAGAUCUUGGUCAAGCUCAUGCAGCGACUUACAGUCUCCUCACGACUCACGGCUGCCACCCAACAUACAAUCUGUUGCUGUAACACCAAUCUCACCUAUCUACGUUGAUCUUAGCAUGCCCUAUAACAGUCAGUUCCCAGAGGCUGAUGUCAAACAGCAGGAUGAUGUGAUUGAACCUGAGAACGAUUAUGAUGUCCUGCCCGUUUGCAAACCCCUGGAGUAUGAGGAAGUCAUUUAUGAUACACCUCCAUCAAACCGGCGAGCCAGUGAGCGAGAACAUGACACAGCUGAAAGCAUCUAUGACAUCCCAAAAUUCGCAUUCAAGAAGUCCAUAAAUGUUGGCUCUGCAGAAGCCUCCUGUGCUAAAGAACUACCUGAGAUCACAGGUCUUCUCCAAGACAUGGUGACCUGUUUGGGGGGAAACUCUGCAGACUGGGCCAGAGCAACUGCUCCAGGAGCCAUCUGUCAACCUUAGCUACACUGUAAAGACAUGCAUUUAAUGUAAAAGGUUUUCUUGGCUGAUUCCUGUACACAUUUGUAUGUUAGUUGCUUAUGUCCAUAUUUCAAUGUCACAACACUGUGAAACAUACUAUGACCAUUUUAUAUACAAGAUUAGACAGAAUUCAUACUUGAAUAAAUGGUGUAAUGAGCAAUGAAAAAAAAAGGACUGGACAAUAAUUGAGUACACAAUUAGAGAAUCGGAAACCUGUGAAAUUCAAAGAGGGUUUAGCUGAAAGCAUUAACCAUCUUCCGCAUACUUUUUGGGAGAGUCGUGUUCAUAUUUAGUCACAUGACACAGCUGAGGCACUUUUUUUUUUUUUUUUUUUUAGGAAAGAGUUUACCACCAAGCGUUCAUCAGCAUUGUUGUACUGUGUAAAAGAUUCUCCUACAGUCCUACAUUGUCUUAAUUUCAAUUUGGGGGGAAAAAACCUGCUCUUGAGUCUUGACACGGCUGAGGAGAAAUCGUUCAGUGUAAUAGUGUGGUGAUGAUUAAAUGCCAUUUAAAUCA